CGCUGCUGCUGCUGCCGCCGCCGCCUGCUGGCCGAUCCGAAGAGCAUUAAAAAAUACAGCGGGCGGAGAUGCUGGUUUCUCCCUCCUCCGUGCGUGCCCUCGCCUUCCUCCAUCGCCGCUUCCCUCCCCCUCCCCCUCCCCCUCGCCCCCACCUCCUCCAGCCCCCCACCCACCCUGCUCCCCCGCGCUCUGCCAUGGCCUUCUCCGCGGAGCCGGCGGCCGAAGAGGCUGAGGAGGAGGCCCUCCCGCCCGUCACCGGCCCCGGCGAGGUCACCGCGGAGGAGUGGAGGCGGUGGGGCACCUCCUCGCCGCUCCCGGCCGCGGUGGCCGCCGUCGUCGGCGAGCUUCUCGAGAUGGAGGCCGAGGCUGGCCAGAAGAUGCGCUUCGGCGGCGUCGGCUCCAAGAUUAAGGGUGAUUUCAAAGACAUGGAGGACAAGAAGCACAGGGCUGUCUACCAGACGCUCGCCGACUCGGACAAGAAGCUGCAGUACUUCUCCGCGCGGCAGAUUGCUUGCCGCUUGCUAGGGAGUAGAGGAUAUCUGUGCCAGAAGUGUUGGCUGCCAAUGGAAGAUUGUAUGUGUGCGAAGCUUGGUUCUUGCAAUCUAUGGCAGGGAAUUAGAUUCUGGCUAUAUAUGCAUCCGAAGGACUUUUUGCGCCAAAACAAUACCGGAAAGUUACUAUGGCAAGUAUUUGGCAUCCAAGCUGCACCCUUGUGUCUCUUUGGCAUCCAAGAGCACGAAGACAUUAUGUGGGAUGCUUUCCAGCGUUCAGGAAAGGGAAAGGUUUCAUUUCUAUAUCCGAAUAAGAGUACAACCCCCAUGUCUGUCAAAGAUCUUAAAUUUGAUGGUUUGAACUUGAGUUGUGAUCAUCCGGAGGAGGAUGUGAAAGAUGAACCUUUUAACUUUGUUUUGCUUGAUGGUACAUGGAGUAAUUCUGCUGCAUUAUACAGAAGGCUCAAGGAACCCCAAUGCCACUUCGACUGCUAAUCCACUUGGUCCAGUCAUUCCAGUCAUCUACCAUUUUCUGCCAAUCAAAUCCUGAUGGAUUGAAGAGCCAAGUGAUAACCAAGAGCUAUAUUGAUGAUGUCAGAAGUAUAUAGGCAGAUGAAUCCGUAGCAACAUCACCUUAAAACUGAUAGACUACUAGCAGCAACAUCAGCUCAAGUCCUUUCACAAAGUGGCUUCUGAAGUACAUUCUGUAUUUCUCAGUCAACCUUACAUGGCGAACAAAAAAACAUCUGCCAGUUGCUCUAUAUUUUGCACCACCAUGGAGAAUUGUGUGUCGAAAAUAAUGUGACUUGGUCCCAAGGUAGAAAGUGAAGAACACUGAACAGAGCUGAAGCGUCAUGAUUAUGAAAUCCCCCAGGGUGCUUCUGAAACCUCUUGCUAGUUCAGUCUUGGCUAAGGUCAUCAAAAGAUCUAGCUGCACAAUUGACUGAGAUCCCAUAGCUUCUUGAAUUGCACUAUUCCCCCUCAUCCAUGCUUGCUUCAUAAUUGAAAACUCAGUCCACUAUUAGCUAGGUAAAGUCUUCCAGAUUCAGGACUAUUUUUGAAGGAACUAAAAAUAAUGCUCCACCUGGAAUCUGAAGAGGCUUACUAGAUUAAAAAACCAUGUCAAGGAACGCUUGAUGCUACAUCAUGAUUCACGGAAAAAGAAAACAAAUAUAACAGGGAGUCAGCCAAAUCAUCCUUAUUUGAUAAGAUAAGGCAGAUGGUAUGAUCAAACUACCUGUUCUACAAAGUGUCUGCCCUCUAAGAGAAGCCCAAUGACGAAGCUGUAGGACGUUUUCCUCAUUUGCCCCGACUUCACUUCCUCUUUUGGAAUUAAUUCUUCCCAUGAAAUUAUUCCAUCCAUAGUCAUCAGGAAUCAUAAUUAAAGAAAGAGUGGAAAACUUGGUAACUUAAUAACAAAUAAUUGAAGCAUGAAGAUUGAAGGGAAACAAAACAGAAAGGAAACCUGGAAAGAGAUCUUUUGUAGAUAGAAUAUAAUUGUUCACCAUCUUCAUUCUCCAGAUCAAGAUCACUUUUGGAAUAUACUGUUUUUUCACUGUAGUAGGGAGUCAUAAUACUGCCAAGUACAUAGAGUGACACUGACACACAAUUAUGUGGGCUUCAAUCUUUUUUAUUGAAAUUCUUAUUAUAGUACACUUGAACAUAACAGGGUUAUGAGAUAUUACCAUGGUGAAUUAAUUUUUUUUAUCUUAUCAAAGAAUUCUUUCAAUUUCCGUAGAGAAUAGUAUCUGAUCCGAACAGAAGGGGCGGGAAACAACUGUAGCUCCCUGAUUCCAUACACAAGUUAGGCUGUGUUCUUCCCCAACCUUUCCCAACUCAACUCUCUCGUUUUCCGCGCACACGCUUCCCAAACUACUAAACGGUGCGUAUUUUGAAAAAAAAAAUUCUACAGGAAAGUUGCUUUAAAAAAUCAUAUUAAUCCAUUUUUCAAGUUUAUUUUAGCUAAUACUUAAUAAAUCAUGCACUGAUCGUCGCUCCGUUUUGCGUGUUGGGAGUGAAGGUUCCCAACCCUCGCUCCCGAACUCAGCCUUAGAGCCUUAUGAAAGAGGGAAGACUGUUAUUAAUAGCAACUUUUCUUCAGACAAAAAAAAA